AUGGUUCUGGAUAAAUUAUGCGAUAUAUCUGAAGUGAGGCCAUAUCUUUUUCUUAGCGGUUUUGGCUGCAUCACUGAGAAGGUGGCAUUCAUGGUUCUGGAUAAAUUAUGCGAUAUAUCUGAAGUGAGGCCAUAUCUUUUUCUUAGCGGUUUUGGCUGCAUCACUGAGAAGAAGCUACGAGCUCAUGGGAUAACACAUAUUAUUGAUGCUACAAAUCUCCCAAAUAAUCCACGCUACAGAGGCAUUGAAGUCAUGGAGAUUUUUGUGGAUGACUCGUUGAUUGCCGAUCUCACACCACACUUUCCACUUGCCGCUCAGUUCGUUCGAGAUUCACAAAAGCAGGGUGGAAAAGUGCUGAUCCACUGUGCAGCUGGAAUAAGCCGUUCGGCUGCAUUAUGCAUAAUAUGCUUAGUACUGAAUGAGGGACGAAGCUUGAGGGAGGCGUACUACGACGUGCUGGAGAAAAGGCCGUUCAUUUCGCCUAAUAUAGCAUUUUGGCGACAAAUGAUCGAUUUUGAACGGAAAGAGCAUGGAACAAGCACGGUAGCGUUACUUAGGGGUAUGGCGCGGCCAAUCCCUGAUGUCUACGUCAGGAAGCAGGCGAAAGUUGCUGCGGAUGCUCGCAGUGGCAAGAUACUCAGUAAUUUUUGUUGA